AUGACAAAUCAGAGCAAGAURUCAGAAUGUCUGUUGGGCUGCAGGCGUUUCCAGUCCUCAGUAGUGAACUACAGUACUCUGCUACUAGAGGAGGACAGGGCUCUUCUCUACGUGGGAGCCCGAGGGGCCGUGUUCGCUCUCAACGCCACAGACAUCUCAGACAGCACAGCUCGCACUACAGAGUGUUAUAACCACAUCAGGUUUCUCCAGAGAUUUAAUUCCACUCAUCUCUACAUGUGUGGGACUCACGCCUUCAGACCUCUUUGUGCGUACAUAGAUGAGGAGAGGUUUAAAGUGUCGUCUGAGUUUGAGGAGGGUAGAGAGAAGUGUCCGUAUGGACCUGCAACAGGCUACACUGGCUUCAUCGUGGACCAGCAGAUGUACACAGCGUCUCAGUAUGAGUUCCGGUGCUCUCCGGACAUCCGACGUAACGACCCCUAUCCCAUGGUGAGGACAGAGGAGGCACCCACACGCUGGUUUCAUGAGGCUGACUUUGUGGGCAGUGCCCUGGUGAGGGAGAGUGAGGGCAGUACUACCGGAGAUGACGAUAAAAUCUACUACUUCUUUACCGAGAAGAGCCAGGAGCAGACACCAUACUACAGCCACAUUAGAGUGCCACGGGUUGGACGAGUCUGUAAGGGAGAUAGAGGAGGUCUGUUGACCCUCCAGAAGAGGUGGACAUCAUUCCUAAAGGCCACACUGGUGUGUUCGCUGCCAGAAUACAACUUACACUUCAACGUGUUGAGGAGUAUUUACACGCUGCCGGGACACACACCUCACGACACACUCUUCUACGGCGUCUUCGGUCCCGAGUGGAAGAACGUGAAGAUAUCAGCAGUGUGCCGGUUCUCUCUGUCUGAGGUCCAACGGGUCUUUGACGGGCCCUACAUGGAGAAUCAGGACUCUGGAGCCAAGUGGAGCGAGUACACUGGAAAGGUCCCUGACCCACGACCUGGAUCAUGUAUUACAGACCAGUUGAGAUCCAGAGGUAUAAACUUCUCCACCUCCCUGCCAGACGACGUGUUGAACUUUGUGAGGAGACACCCUCUGAUGUCCCAGCAGGUCAUGUCUACAGAGCAGCGCCCCCUGUUGUUCAGGAGGACAACAGACUACACCCAGCUGGUGGCUCACAGGGUGGAGGGGCUGGACGGGCAGAACUACCAUGUAUUGUUCAUGGGCACAGACGAUGGCUGGCUGCACAGAGCUGUGGAGGUCAAGGGUCAUCUACACAUCAUAGAGGAGCUUCAGCUGUUUGACCAACCACAGCCUGUGGAUAGCCUGGUCAUCUCACACACACAGGUACACACUCACAAACGGACGUGCAGACACGUACACACACACACACACACACAGAUGCACAUUUUCACUCACACGGCUAGUAUUAUGUUUUGUAUGUUUUGUUUAUUGUUAUUCUAAGUGAAGGACCGCUAACCCAGAUGCACUGCCGUAGGCUUUUGCUCUAGCCCAUUUUCAAUAACACAGAGAGGCUCCCUCUCUCUCUCCC